AUGCUACAAAAAGAGGUAUUAUAUGUUAACUCUGUUCCAAACACCAAUACACAGGUCGGAUUAUACAGUUACGCCUUCGGAGGAUAUCCUUUCUGCGGAGGCACGCUGAUUGCGCCCAACUGGGUGCUGACCGCGGCGCACUGCGUUACGCCAUUAUUCAACUGCAACGACCCGCCGGUUGGAACCCUCUUCAAUCUUACAGAAUUGACAGGCCAGAAGUUGGUAAUUAUUGCAGGCGACCAUGACUACACAGUCAAAACUGCCUUCAAAAAAGGUCGCUGGGUGCAGGAUGUUAUCUUGCAUCCAAACACGCCGAAAGAUGAGCUGAUGGCCUACGACGUGGCACUCCUGAGGAUUGAACCAAAACUGAAAAGAAGUGUCCAAGUGCAGUAUGCAUGCCUACCAGAGAAGGACCUCGAACUGCCAACCAGCCACUGGUGCUAUUUCACUGGAUGGGGACUGGUAAAAGACGCUUCAAUACCUGGCAGAGAUAUGCGUAAAACUACGAAACUGAUGGAGGGCGCAUCGCCAACUAUUCCGACAGAAAUCUGCAAAAUAGCGGAGAUUGAGGUCAAUCGUGAGCGACAUGGCUGUCUACAAGGAACAAUGACGUCGUUCGCCCCAGGUGACAGCGGAGGCGGCGUGCAUUGCAAAGACCUCAAUGGACAGUGGGUGGUGUACGGUAUCAUAGGAAUGGCUCACGGCAGUGGCUUUGGCCAUUACGCUCUGUUCGCUAGGAUCGGCUACUAUACGGAAUGGAUCAAGAAGAUUAUCCGCGAGAAUUAG